AUGGAGUAUGAGUACAUGCUGAUGAGGAACGAGAAGGAAACCCAAAACCGCUGCUGCGGAGGUCGUGUUUGGUGUGUACAGGAUAUUUGCGGUAUCAUUUGUGCCGUCCUAACGUGGAGUUUAAUAUUGUACGCAGAGUUUGUAGUUACAAUGGUGAUCCUGCUACCGCAUCCUUAUAAGGCAUAUCGGUACAUUAACUUUAUUAUUUUUAAUACGGGCUCGUUCCUGGCGUUUGCAUCACACCUUCGAACAAUGCUGUCCGAUCCGGGUGCUGUACCUAAAGGGAAUGCAACCAAGGAAAUGAUCCAGCAGCUUGGCUAUCAAGAGGGACAGGUAUUUUUCAAGUGUCCCAAAUGCUGCAGUAUUAAGCCGGAACGUGCGCAUCACUGUUCCGUAUGCCAACGGUGCAUACGCAAGAUGGACCACCACUGUCCGUGGAUAAACAACUGCGUCGGGGAGAACAAUCAAAAGUUUUUUGUACUUUUUACGUUUUAUAUCGCAUUCAUUUCCAUCCAUUCGAUAUUCCUGGCUGUAAAUCAGUUCUGUCUGUGCAUUAAAAACGAGUGGAGAGAGUGCUCGAACUAUUCGCCUCCGGCCACGGUGAUACUGCUGCUCUUCCUUAUACUGGAAGCGCUACUGUUUGCCGUCUUUACGAUGAUCAUGCUCGGCACCCAGCUGAACGCAAUAUGGACCGAUGAAACGGGCAUAGAACAGCUGAAGAAGGAGGAAGCCCGGUGGGUGAAGAAGUCGCGUUGGAAAAGCUUUCAGGCAGUGUUUGGUCAUUUCUCGCUAGCCUGGUUUUCACCUUUUACGCAACCGCUUAGAGCAAAGCACGAAAAUUAUUUAUAUUCAGUCUAAUAAAAACAAAACACACGAAAACAAGAAUUAAUCUUAACAAAACGCGUAUUGUUUCACA